AUGACAUGUAUCGUUUCAUUCAAGUACGAAUUUCAGAUGCAGUAUGGAUCCAUUGCGUGGUCUGUAGGUGCUACACUCGAUUAUGCUCAGGCUGCGAACGACAAGCGUGUGAUUGCUUGCAUUGGUGAUGGGAGUUUCCAUGUAACAGCCCAGGAUAUAUCUACAAUGAUUCGAUGUGGGCAAAGGAGCAUUAUAUUCCUCAUAAACAACGGAGGAUAUACUAUUGAAGUAGAGAUUCAUGAUGGGCCAUACAAUGUGAUCAAGAACUUAAACUACACUGGCCUUGUUAAUGCUAUUCAUAAUGGGGAAGGCAAAUGCUAGACUGCCAAGGUUAGCACACAUACUUAAGCUUACAUAGGAUGGUUUAGAGAGAUUAAACAAGUUUGGGCAGAUGACGGAUUUAGUUUCUUAUACUUGGUAGCGUCCAUUAGUGUAGACACACAUCUCUAGCCAAUCUAAAGCAUUGCUUAAACCUCCUUGGGGCUAUUAACUCCUUUGGGACUAGUCCUUACGGGGCUUUGCUCCAGCUUUAAUUGAGCCCCCAUUUGUGCACGAUGGGAUUCGGCCUCCAAGAUUACUCGAGGCUGGGAGACCUGAAUAACGAGAAAAAGGGAAGAAUUGUUUAACUGAUUAUCAGACAAGUGUUCCAUUUUUAAAUAAUUUUAACCACCUAAUAUUUUUCAAGAUUCAUAAAUAGCUCGGUAUGAUGUAACUUAUCUUGCAGCUUACUGUUUUUUUAUUGUUUGAUCGGCCUUGCAGCUUACUGUUUGUUAUCAAAUAUCGCUAACAUUAUACAUACUUCUUUAGUAAUCAAAUUUCUUAUAUGGCUAUGUGUAGCUUCUUUUUAUUCAAACUCUCAAUUAUGUAUAUGCAGCAUUAUUUUCGAAUUUGUAUCUUGAAAUUCGCUAACUGGUAUUUCAUAGUAUAAUCUUUCAACUUAUUGGUCCCAAAUGCAGGUAUGUGUGCUGUAGUUUCUGUUUUAAGCAAAUUAAAAAAUAAAAAUGAUUUGAUUGAUGGUCUCUGACGCUUAUUUUCUAGGAACGUUUUUAAAACUAACCCAUUUUCAGGAAAUGUUAAAAUCAUGUUUCAGAUU